AAGUGGCCCGGCUCCUGUGAAAAACCGCCCUAGGCGAAGCCAAAAUCUUAGGAGCUGCUUAGCCCCACUGGGCUCUCGCUGGGCCCCUUCCGUUCCGACCACUGACUUCUCCGUGACAGAUUCAGGAUGGUUCCCUGUCCCUGCCGGACACCGCCUGCUAAUCCCUUUUUCCCAAAGAGGAGCCCCACCUCCUCAGAGCAAGGGGCUGGCCUGUGCUAUUUCUGGCCUUUCUGGGACUCUUCUGACAGCAGAUUCUUGUUUUCAGUCUGAUUCAGAUGUGAAACUUCUCGGCCUCUCACCCAGUUCCUGUAGCCUGGGUCUCUGCCUCAUCACCCCUUUAGCCUCUAGUCAGGCCCCUCCAGUUCCUCUCCUCAAACUGCUCUCUGCGUAGGUGCUCAACUCUGCUGGGACUUGGAAGAGGAAGUUGGGGGUUCAAAGGGAGUUGUUUCCCCAGAGGGGCCACAGGUCCCCGGGGUCAGCGUUUUGAUAGUCUCAAGUAGGAAACUAAUUUCCAUGGCAAACCUUGUUCCUGUUCAGAGGAGCCACCUUCAGGGCCCCAUCCUCAGGCUGCGCUACAUGGUGAAGCAGUUGGAGAACGGGGAGGUUAACAUCGAGGAGCUGAAGAAAAACCUGGAAUACACAGCUUCCCUGCUGGAGGCUGUCUACAUAGAUGAGACACGGCAAAUCCUGGACACUGAGGAUGAGCUGCAGGAGCUUCGGUCAGAUGCUGUGCCUUCAGAGGUGCGGGACUGGCUGGCUUCUACCUUCACCCAGCAGACCCGAGCCAAAGGCCGCCGGGCAGAGGAGAAGCCCAAGUUCCGAAGCAUCGUGCAUGCAGUGCAGGCUGGGAUCUUCGUAGAGCGGAUGUUUCGGAGAACGUAUACCUCGGUGGGCCCCACCUAUUCCACUGCAGUCCACAACUGUCUCAAGAACCUGGACCUCUGGUGCUUUGAUGUCUUUUCCUUGAACCGGGCAGCAGAUGAUCACGCUCUGAGGACCAUUGUAUUUGAGUUGCUGACUCGACAUAACCUCAUCAGCCGCUUCAAGAUUCCCACUGUGUUUCUGAUGAGUUUCCUGGAGGCCUUGGAGACAGGCUAUGGGAAGUACAAGAACCCUUAUCACAACCAGAUCCAUGCGGCCGACGUGACCCAGACAGUCCACUGCUUUCUGCUCCGCACGGGCAUGGUGCACUGCCUGUCAGAGAUUGAGGUCUUGGCCAUCAUCUUUGCUGCAGCCAUCCACGACUAUGAGCACACAGGCACUACCAACAGCUUUCACAUCCAGACCAAGUCAGAAUGUGCCAUCCUGUACAACGACCGCUCGGUGCUGGAGAAUCACCACAUCAGUUCUGUCUUCCGCAUGAUGCAGGACGACGAGAUGAACAUUUUUAUCAACCUCACCAAGGAUGAGUUUGUAGAGCUGCGGGCCCUGGUCAUUGAGAUGGUGCUGGCCACAGAUAUGUCCUGCCAUUUCCAGCAAGUGAAGUCCAUGAAGACAGCUCUGCAGCAGCUGGAGAGGAUCGACAAGUCCAAAGCCCUGUCUCUUCUGCUCCAUGCUGCUGACAUCAGCCAUCCAACCAAGCAGUGGUCAGUCCACAGCCGCUGGACCAAGGCCCUCAUGGAGGAGUUUUUCCGCCAGGGUGACAAGGAGGCAGAGCUGGGCCUGCCCUUCUCUCCACUCUGUGAUCGCACCUCCACCCUGGUAGCCCAGUCCCAGAUAGGCUUCAUUGACUUCAUUGUGGAGCCUACCUUCUCUGUGCUGACUGAUGUGGCAGAGAAGAGUGUGCAGCCCUUGGCAGAUGAUGACUCCAAGUCCAAAAGCCAGCCCAGCUUCCAGUGGCGCCAGCCUUCUUUAGAUGUGGAUGUGGGAGACCCCAAUCCUGAUGUGGUCAGCUUCCGCUCCACCUGGACCAAGUACAUCCAGGAGAACAAACAGAAGUGGAAGGAACGGGCAGCAAGUGGCAUCACUAACCAGAUGUCCAUUGAUGAGCUGUCCCCCUGUGAGGAAGAGGCCCCACCUUCCCCAGCAGAAGAUGAGCACAACCAGAAUGGGAAUCUGGACUAGCUAGGGCUGGCCAGGUCCUCACUGAGUCCAGAGUCUUCGAUGUCAUUAGCACCAUCCAUCAGGACUGGCUCCCCCAUCUGCUCAAGGGCGUGUGGAGGUCGUGGGAGAGACAGCCCACCUGAGAAGGCCAAAUGCUAGAGCUGGUGGGGUGGGGGAGGGCCCCUGCCUCUCCCCACCUGACACCCAUUGGGGCACAAGCCUGGGGAACCACAAGUCCCCAAUGGUCACUGUGCCCACCCCUGCCUCUGGACUCCCCUCCUGGCCAGGUGGCUUCCUGGGAGCAGGGAGCUUCUCGCAGGCUUCCUAGGGCCUGGAGGGGAGGGUCAGAAAUGCCAGCCCCCUGGGCCUGCCCCCUCCUUCUUGCCUCCAAGUUUCUAAGCAAUACAUUUUGGGGAUUCCCUCAGCCCCCCGUCCCAGAUCUUAGCUGGCAGGUUUGGGUUUCCCUUCUCCCCUAGGAAGGGCCGGAAAGCCCUGUGUGGGAAGGGCAGGGUACCAUCCUAGGAUAGGGUGGGGGGUAUCCUCUUGACCCCACUGCACUGCUCCAGCCCCACUCUCUGCACACUCCUCUUCUGUGCCCAGACAGUGGCUGGGGAGAGGAGCCUUCCUGGGGUCCUCCGGAACUUGGGGCUGGUCUGGUUUUGAGGAAUUUGUCACCUGUCCUAGCCGAGUCUCCGGUCCUUUGCUUCCUUCCUGUCCUCUGGGACUAGGAGGCUCCCAUCC